AUGGUUGAACUCCGCAAGCGCAAAGCUCCUGCGCCGCCUCCCGUCGUGGAAAAGAAGAGCAAACCAGCCCCCAAACCUAAGGUGACCGACACCCCUAAGGAGACUCCAACAGAGGCCCCGAAGAAGCCCACUGUCCCUGAGGCGGGCGACACUAUCAAUCUCGACGACUUUGGCGGCGAAAUCGAAACCAACGAUGGCACCAAGACUACUCUAAAGAAGUUGGUCGAGGAAAGCAAGUCCGGCGUCGUCCUGUUUACCUAUCCCAAGGCGUCUACCCCUGGCUGCACCAAGCAAGUCUGCUUGUUCCGCGACAACUACACGCAUCUGACCUCGACGGGUCUGUCUAUCUACGGUCUCUCGGCCGACUCCCCCAAGGCCAAUACCACCUUCAAGACUAAGCAGAACCUGUCUUAUUCCCUUCUCUGCGACCCCAGUGCUACCCUCAUUGGGGCCAUCGGCUUCAAGAAGGCUCCCAAGGGAACCACCCGCGGCGUGUUCGCCGUGGACAAGAAGGGCAAGGUACUGAUUCGUGAGGCUGGCGGUCCGGAUGCUACUGUGGACGCUGUUCAGAAACUUGUGGCUCGAGGCCCUGACAAGAGCGAAGCCAAGGAGGAAGCUGGCGAUGACGCCGAGGCCAAGUAG